AUGGCUAGAUUUAAGUUUGGCAAAAAGAAGUUAGAAGAAUCAUCAACAUCAUCAACAUCAUCACCUAAUUCAAUUGAAAAAACUAAAUCAAAAAGAUUAUCAAUAAAUAGUCAAGCUUCACCUUCAACAACAAAUUCAUCAUCAAAAAGAAAAUCUAAUAGAUUCUCAAUAUUAAAUUCACCUCCACAAUCUCCAAGAAUUAAAAAUAAACAUUCAGGUAUUAAUCAUUUAAAUAAUAGACAUUCAUUAACUGACGAAGAAGAUUACGAUACUGACGAAUAUCCUCAAAAUAAAAAAAUGCCAUCAAUUCAAGAACCAAUACAACAUAAUCAUCAUUAUGGUGGGGUAGAAUCAUUACCUUAUAAAUCCCGUGCUCCUCCUAAUUUAAAUGUAACAAAUCCUUGGAAUAGAUUUAAAAUAUUUGAUUCACCAUUUCCAAGAUAUAGACAUGCAGCAUCUUCAAUUUCUAGUGAAAAAAAUGAAAUUUUUAUAAUGGGUGGGUUAAAAGAUGGUUCAGUAUUUGGUGAUACUUGGAAAAUUACUCCUCAAGAAAGUAAUGAUGGAGAAGUUUUAAAUUAUAUUGCUGAAAAUAUUGAAAUUGUGAAUAAUAAUAAUCCACCAGCAAGAGUUGGUCAUUCAUCAGUAUUAUGUGGUAAUGCAUUUAUAAUAUAUGGUGGUGAUACUGUUGAGACUGAUUCUCAUGGAUUUCCUGAUAAUAAUUUUUAUUUAUUUAAUAUAAAUAAUCAUAAAUAUACUAUACCAUCACAUAUUUUGAAUAAACCAAAUGGUAGAUAUGGUCAUACAAUUGGAGUUAUUUCAUUAAAUAAUUCUUCAUCAAGAUUAUAUUUAUUCGGUGGUCAAUUAGAAAAUGAUGUAUUCAAUGAUUUAUAUUAUUUUGAAUUAAAUUCAUUUAAAUCUCAAAAGGCAACUUGGAAUUUAGUUGAUCCAUUAAAUAAUUUUAAACCUCCUCCAUUAACUAAUCAUUCAAUGUCAGUAUACAAGAAUAAAAUUUAUAUAUUUGGUGGUGUAUACAAUAACGAAAAAGUUUCAAAUGAUUUAUGGGUAUUUGAUGUUGAAGAAGAAAAAUGGCAACAAGUCAAUACAAGUGGUGAAAUGCCAUUACCAGUAAAUGAACAUUCAUCAUGUGUCGUAAAUGAUAAGUUAUAUAUUUACGGUGGUAAUGAUUUUAGUGGUAUCAUUUAUAGUUCAUUAUAUGUUUUAAAUCUAAAUACUUUGGUCUGGUAUAAAUUAGAUGAAAGGGCAGAAGAAAAUGGCCCUGGUCCAAGAUGUGGUCAUUCAAUGACUUAUUUACCAAAAUAUAAUAAAUUAAUUAUUAUGGGUGGUGAUAAAAAUGAUUAUAUUGUUAGUGAUCCUCAUAACUUUGAUACUUACGAAAAUUUUAACGGUGAAGAAGUUGGUACAAUGAUUUAUGAAUUGGAUGCAAAUUUGAUUGAUCAAUUCAUUUUGGGUCCAUCUGAACCACAACCAAUCCAUACACAAUCACAAAUUCAACAACAUCAACAACCAAUAGAUCAUCUUGAUGUAGAAGAAGAAGAAGUAAUACCUAUUGUUGAACAAAGAAAACCUAAAAAAGUUGCUGCUUCAGCAGCUGGUGCUGAUUUUGGCGGUAAAAAUUACGAUCGUCAUGCAAGAAGUUUUUCGGCUGGUCCAGAAGAUUAUGCAACACCACAAGCAUCACCAUCACCAGAACGUAAAAAUGGGGUCGAAAAUGAUUUUGUUGAAGUUGAAGUACCAUCGGGAACAAUAUCUCAAGCUGACCAAGAGGAAGAUGAAGAACGUAUAAAUCCUUAUGAUUCAAUUGAUCAUUCAGAAGUUCCUAAUCCUAUUAAUGGAUUUGAAAGUGGUUUAAGAAGAAGAUCAUUGGAUCCUAAGUUAGAUGAUCCAGCUCCAUCAAAUGGUAUUUCGAACACUGGUGUGGCCGCUGCAUUUGCUGCUGCUGGAGCUGCUGGAGCUGCUUUAGGUCAUUCUGAAGGACUUUCUCAUGCUCAAUCACAAAAUUUCAGUCACGACACUUUAGGCGAACCAGCACCAACCGCUGCCUUAGAUGAAGAAAGACCAAAGUUUGUUGAUAGACCAAGUUUUGUUGAUCAAGAAGAAGAUUAUGAAGACGAAGAAGAAGAAUCUCAUUAUCCAAAUCAUAGUAGUUUUAGAGGAUCACAUUAUCCAGAUACAAGUUUUGAAACAAGGCAACAAUCACAACCAACAGAUUCAAAAGUGAAAAAAAUAAUAUCUGAAUUGACUAAUGAAUUAAAUGAUUUGAAACAUUCAACAAAGGAGCAAAUGCAAAGAGCUUCAGAAACCAUUGAAAAUUUGAAACAAGAAAAUACUCAACUCCGUAAUACUCAUGCUAAUGAUACUCAAUCAUAUUCAAAACAAAUUCAUGAUCAAAACUUAAUGAUAAACGAAUUGAAAUCAACACUUGAUCCAAAUGCUUUCAAUCCAGAUUUGCCAAAUGAAACUAACUUGUCGGAAUUAAACAGAUACAAAUUAGAAAGAUUAGAAUUAAAUAAUAAAUUGUUAUAUUUGGAACAAGAGAAUGCUAAAUUGAAUGAAAAAUUUGUUGAAUUUGAACCAUUUAUGAAUAAUCAAAUUGGUGAAUUAGAAACUUUCCAAAAAGUUAUAAAAGUUCAAGAAGAACAAAUUGAUAAAUUAAGUUAUCAAGUUAAAGAUCAAGAAGUCUUAAAUAAAGAAAUAAAUGAUUGGAGAAUUAAAUUUGAUAAUUUGAAUUUAGAAUUUGAAAAUUAUAAAGCUAUACAUAAUGAUGAUGAAAUUGAAGUAAAUGAAGAAAUACCACAACAAGGAGAGUUUUCAGAUAAUAGAUCAAUAUUAAGUACUGCAAAAUCAAGAAAAGAUAUUUCAAUUCAAUUAGAAAAUUUAGUCAACUUAUGGAAUGUUAAACAUCCAUCAACAAGAGAAGUGUCACCAUCAAUUACACCAGAGAAUAAUCCAAUUGUAUCAAAAUUACAACAACAAGUUAAUGAUUUAUUAAGAAUUGGUAAACAAAAUGAUGAUGCAUCAAAAGUUGAAAUUGAUAAUUUAAGACAAGAUUUACAAAAUAAAAUUUCUAAUUUAAAACAAUUGGAAGAAAAUUAUCAAGAAAGUUUACAAUCAGUUAACAAUACUUCAAAAGCCUUAAAAUUAAAUCAAGAUGAAUUUAUAAAUCAAAGAAACUUAUUGGAAAAACUUAUCAAAGAAAAUAAUGAAUUGAAAAUCUUUAAAAAGGCUGCUUCCUCAGCUACAAGAAGUCCAGCUGUUAAUGAAUUUACUGACGCAUCUGAACAUCCAGAAGAAGAUGAAGGAAAUGUUAUCAAUAAUGCCCAUUACAAUAUGAAAAUUAAAGAUUUGGAAGCUGAUUUGUACAUAAUGAAACAAGAAAGAGAUCAAUUAAAAGACAAUGUUACUUCUUUACAAAAACAAUUGUAUUUGUCUCAAAACAAUAAUUAA